GGGAGCCGGGCUAGCCUCUCGCCGGGUGGUGGAGAGGAAACCUCGGCGAGAGAGGGAGUGGAGCCGGUGUCCCAGAGCGGGGACCGGGAGAAAUUGGGAAGGCAGGGAGGAGCGCCGCUGAGCCCGAGGAAAAGGAAACUCCCGGAGGGGCUGUAGUACAGGAGGCUGGGCUAGGAACCCGGGAUUGCUGGGGGAAGUGUCCAAGUUUACGUCCUGUGCCUAAUAACUCGGAGAUCUCCAAUCACUUAAGCCAUAUAUUGCUUGCUUAUAUAUUGGGUUUAUUCUCAUUUCUGUUGGGUUUAUAACUUCAUAAAUUAGAGAGGGAGAUAGGAUAAGAUUUAGGCGUAGUAGGGAACCCAGAGGAUUGCCGCAUGAAAAUCAUUUGUUUUUUAUGUACAGUAAGUACAGCCUUGUUUAAUCAGCCAUUUUUUGUGUGCUUUACAUACCCAAUGAGGAAAUUAAAAACGAGUCAAUUUCAUUCAUGUAUAUAUACGAUAUAGAUCUCUUUCUACUCUUUUGCCUGUUAUUAAUAGAAAAGCAAUAAAGAUAUUUUGAUUAAAGCUGGAGGAUUUUUGCCCCCAAAUGACCUAGAUUCAUCUCCAGUUAUUAUGAUUUUGACUACACGAAGAGUAAACGGGAAGAGUGGAGGUUGUCGAUCUCUUGACCAAGCAACCGGUUAUUUUGAUACACAAAUCCAAAAGCCUGACAGCUGUCGGUUAGUGUCCUUGAAAACCUAAGUCAAGCGAUUUGGCUUGUUUUGGUCGGGAAAUGAGUCACAGGCAACUCAAUUAAAGAACAUGUGCCUGAGGUUCACAUUGCCCGGUAGCCACGAAAACCAGGUGGAGUCAUUUUGCUGCCAGAAGGGCAAGAGAGUCGGGAAGAGAAGGGGAAGAGAAGCGUGAGCUCUCCUGGUAUCCAAGGCUAAGAGCGACUGCAGAGUAAGCAAACGCAGAGCCACUUUCCACUGCUCCGAGCCCCACAAAAAAGCAAACCAUUCCCUAAAACUCCAAUACUGUUGGGAGGAAGAAAGCGCCAAGGCGAAAAGGAAUGACUGGAGGAAAACCAGAAAAGAAGCCAAGAAAACUCUACACCGGAAGACGAUUACUGUCUGGGGAAAAUAAAAACCACCACAACCGCGAUCACGUGCUUACAUUUCCACCACUCAAGAAUCAAAAUAAACCGCGUGACCCCGCCCAGUGCCCGUCACGUGACUUUCACGCUCGUGCCGCUUCCGGAAGAGCCUGGUAGCAACCGCUGCGACUCUUUCCUGUGCUGCGGCUUCAGACCCCGGGUUUUGACCUCUCUCUGACCCGGCUCCCGCUCCACUUCACUUUUGGGUUCGGGUGGAGCCCGUGUAGUGAUCUCCAUGGCAGCAGACUCCGGGGCGAUCACUAAUGAGGACUCUGAAUCUGGAGAGGAAGAAGGUAAACAUGUCAAACCUUUUACACCAGAGAAAGCGAAAGAAAUUAUAAUGUCUUUACAACAACCUGCAGUCUUCUGUAACAUGGUUUUUGAUUGGCCAGCCCAACACUGGACUGCAAAACAUCUUUCUGAGGUCCUUCAGGGCAAGCAGAUACGAUUCAGGAUGGGAACGAAACACACAGAUACAGCUCCUCAGUUUGAAACCACAUGUAGUUACGUAGAAGCUACACUUGAAGAGUUUCUGACCUGGAACUGUGACCGAUCUAGUAUUUCUGGACCGUUUAGAGACUAUGAUCAUUCCAAAUUCUGGGCUUAUGCUGACUAUAAAUAUUUUGUCAGUUUAUUUGAAGACAAGACAGAUAUUUUCCAGCACCUGAGCCGAUUUGGAGUAUAUCAGAAACAUAGACUGUGUGUACAACUUCCUUUCCUCCUGACCUACAUCGAAGUCCUUGUUCUGUCAGUGAGGCAGAUGGAGGAUGUGAUAUGGUCUGACUUUGGGUUUCCUGGAAGAAAUGGACAGGAAAGUACGUUGUGGAUCGGCUCCACGGGGGCCCAUACACCCUGUCAUCUGGACACCUAUGGUUGCAACCUAGUAUUCCAGGUACAAGGAAGGAAAAGAUGGCAUCUCUUUCCUCCUGAAGAUACUCCUUUCCUUUAUCCAACUAGAAUCCCUUAUGAAGAAUCUAGUGUGUUCAGUAAAAUCAAUGUUGUCAAUCCUGAUUUAAAACGUUUUCCUCAGUUCUGGAAGGCUCGAAGACACAUGGUUACCCUGAGCCCCGGACAGGUUCUGUUUGUCCCCAGACACUGGUGGCAUUAUGUGGAAUCCAUUGAUCCUGUCACUGAAGAGGACCACCAAGCCCGGGUAGAAGAGGCAAUCACCCGCAUGCUUGUGUGUGCCCUGAAAACUGCAGAGAAUCCACAUGAUACCAGAGCUUGGUUAAACCCAACUGAGGUUGAGGAAACAUCCCAUGAAGUCAAUUGUCGCUACUUAAAUGGAGCCGUUUCUGCUUUUUUUGAUCAUUAUGGAACAUCUAAGGUAGUAGAAACCCAAGCGCUGAGCACAAACGGAGAGUACGUGAUAAAGGAAGAAUUAAAUGUGCACAACCACGUGGAGGUAGAACAAACUAGUAGCCACAGCUUAACCUUGGGAACAGUAAAGCAGGAGGCAGCAAGUCCCUUUGGUCCUGAUCUGGUUCCUGUGAUACCAGGUUCCCAAGAACCACCCUCAGAAAGAGGAGGCAUGUUUGAAAGUGAUGGUGAAGACUUUGUUGGCAAAAAUGGAAAACGCUUUGGAAAAUUGCAUUAUACCAAGAGACAACGAAUGAUGAGUGAAAGUGAGAAUGCAGUAGUGGAACAAAUUGCUUCAAAUAGUACUGUGGCCCCUUCCCAGACAUUCAUUUCUACAGAUGACUUGCUGGAUUGCUUGGUGAAUCCACAGGUAACCAGGAUAGUGGCACAACUUUUGAUUCAAGGAAGAAGUUUGCGACUCUAAUAGAAAAUGACUUUUUCAAUAAUAUUUUAAGAAUAUUUUAAAAAUAAUAUAGUUUUAAAAUAAAAGAUGAAAUGGCAAAAGGUCAAUUUGCAUAUGCUUAUAAAUGUCCUGUUCUCACCUAAUUAACAUUUUAGUCUCUUGCCACCUUCUUGCAUACACAUUGCUCUUUGGACAACCUGGCUCUUUGUUAUUGGUAGGCCUCUUUCUUCAGUGCCUUUGCCUUUCCUUACCUAUCUCAUCAGCCUAUCUCAAAUGUAAGCCCCUAGUGUUCUCACCAAGAAAUAGUCUCUCCAUCAUCAGGGGUCACCUGCUGCUUGUUUUUGUAAAUAAGGUUGUAUUAGAACACAGCCAUGCCAUUCAUUUACAUAUUGUCUGUGGUGGCUUUAGGGUUACGGUGGCAGAGUUGAGUAGUGACAGAGGCAGUAUGGCUCGCAAAGCUGAAAAUAUUUUAAAAGUUUGCUAACUCCUGAUCUAAUGCAUCCAUUGGGUGAAUUCUAGCUUUUUGGGGGGGAGGGGUGCAGUUGUUAAUUUCAGUAGCUAUCAUGGACUCUUUGUCAUAAGAUGGUGUGGGAAGAUUUAUGAUUGUUUUAAGUUCUUGACUUCUUAAUUCAAAUGCAGGUUGAAGUCUAGCCUUGAUCUGAAGUGAUCACAUUUCUCACAUCUGUGGCAUUCUCACUGGGUAACCCCUGUAAUCCAGAGCAGAAUACCAACCAGGAGAAAAGUAGGUGGGGGCCCAAUAAGAGGCCUCCUUGUGGAAGGAACUGGGACAUCUAGGAACACCAGCCCUGGAAUAAAAAGGACCAAAUGCUGCUGACUUCUGAAACUAACUAAAAGCUUGGCUUAGUGAACUUGAUCCCACUCUCAUUACAUUUGCAAUAUGUGGGGAUAAUUAUUAUCAUUACCGUCUAAGUAAGAAUUUAAAAAUUAUAAAAACAUAUUGAACUCAGUAACCAUUCAAAACAGAAAAGACACACAAAGUCACCUUUUAAGAAGAACUGACUACUGGCCCCAUUCUUCUCAGGUCAAACUGACGGUAUCAGUAAAUCCCAAGAGAGUACAUACUUUCUGGGAGAAAGGAGGAAGGGAAGUGAACAUGCCCAGGAAAAGAAGGGUCUGAAAAAAGACCCUUCUGUAGCACUCACCACCAUCUGACCACUAUAUAUUUGCCUAUUUAUUUGAUUACUGUCUAUCUAUCUCCCCCAACGAGAAUGUCACUGCAUGAGGGUUUGGACUUUGAUUAUUGUAUAUUUGCAGAGUCUUGAUCAGUGCCCAGCACAUGGUAGGUGCUCCUUAAAUAUUUGAGUGGAUUUUUUAAAAAGGAGACCUUGUUGGGCGAUACUCCUUCAGAAACACUGGGGCAGAGGAUGUUGUGGCUAAGGGUGAGAUGUCUGUUACCUGUAGUAGGUAUAUCCCUAUCGCAGAAAUAGACAUUUGUCUUCAGCUAUAUAUUUUUUUUACACCUGCCCUCACUGAGAGCUCCCCCAUACCCUCCUUCACACAGAAUUCCCUCACCCCCUCCCUCCCCCAGGGUUCCCUCACACCCUCCCUCCCAGAUAUUUUAUUAUAUUUGCUACUACUUGGACCAGUGUUUUUCAAGUUGUAGAUUGUGACCCAUUAGCAAGUCAUAAGAUCAAUUUAGUGGGUGAGACCAGCAUUUUUUUUUUUUAGUGGAGCAGAAUAUGUAAUUUCAGUGAAUUCAAUAGUAAAUAUAAGUAUUAUUUUGUGAAACUGUCCAGGAAAAUUUUUUUUCAGCGUAAAUAUACCUCAUAAAACUUUUCAGUUAUAUCUGUGUGUGUACUGGGCCUGAUAUAAAAUGUAUUUCUUAGUGUAUGUUGGGGUCAGAAAGGUUUGAAAGCUGUUCUGAAGGCAAAGUAUUGAUUUCAGUUAGAGGUAAUAGUUUCUGGCAUGCAGAGACCUGGGUAGAGAGUUAAGACAUUGAUAUGAAUGCAUUCGAAAUGUAAAUGGGUGUUGGGAGAUAAUUUCCUCAUUUUAUAGAGAUAGAGAUUAUGACACAGCAAGAGAUCCUGGCUGUCUGCAACCGGGGAGUGUGGGAAGGAGAAAAGACAGUCAAAGGGGGAGAUGAUCAGCCACCAAGUAGGGUCCCAUUUCAUCCUGCAUUUCUCAGAUGAGCAGGACCGAAUGAGUGAACUCAAUUAUUAAAUAAAUAUUAAUAUUUUGACCCUCCAGAGGUUAGAGGGAUUGAAGUGUUACACAUAAAGUUACAGUAUCCACGUACAAGCAGGGUGAUCUAUCCGGUAGGCAAAGUAGCUAGGGCCCCUGAGCUUUUAGGGUCUACAGAAAUGUUUUAGUUUCUUUAAAAAUAAAAAAAAGAAUAUAAUCUAGUUUCGAUUACAUUCAUGUUUAUACCAAUGCAGUAGCGAAGUAUCAUGUUUAAUACUUUUCAUGGAGUAAGGGGCCUACAAAGGCAAAAUUGCCUGGGGCCCAUGAAAGUCUUAAGCAGCUCUGGGUAUCAGGGAUAUCAGAAUCAUUUGAGGGGCUUGCUGAAGAUGCAGAUGUCUGGGCACCACUCUAGAGCUAUAGAAUUUGCCUCCUUUGGGAUGGGCCAGAAUUUGCAGUCUCAGCAAGCACCUGAGGUGCUUCAAAUAGCAAAAAAGUUUAAGAAUCUCUGGCCCUGGAGUAGACCACCAAGACCUAACACAGGCUCAAAGUGGGCUUGUUUUAGCAGGGGCUACUUGUUGGGGUCAAUCUGCCCUUCAGAUUUACUGAACUAAAGCUGUACUGUGCCCUUCGUGUAAUUUUCAGCUGAAUGCUAUUGAUAACUGUGAGGAUCCCUUGAUGCUGUCAUGUUUAGUUGUGAUCUUUUAUCUGCAGUUGCCUGCGUUUAUCAUCAAGCUCUCCUGUAUUUGCCCUAAAGGAUAAAGAUGUUUAACCACCAAAUAACAUU